CCGAAGCCCUCUGGGAUCUUGCGUUUCAGUCUUCAAGUAGGCACGCACACUACUAACACUGAGCCGCGCGCUGCCGCUAACAGAGGCAGACACAGAGCGGACUGCGCCAUGGCUGGAUCCAACAACGUGAGCGUUCGCGUGCUCCUGGUCUCGUACCCAGCCCAAGGCCACAUCAACCCGCUCUUCCAGUUGGGCAAGCGGCUCGCCAUCCACCACGGCGUCCGGUGCACCCUAGCGGUGGCCCGCUCCGCCCUUGGUUCCAGCGUGCCGCCGGGACCCGGAGCGGUCCCCGUCGUCGCCAUCUCCGAUGGCUGCGACCUUGGCGGCUACGACGAGGUCGGCGACGUGCAUGAGUACCUGGCACGGCUCCAGUCCGCCGGGUCGCGCACGCUGGACGAGCUCCUCGGCUCCGAGUCGUCCCACGGCCGGCCCGUGCGCGUGGUGGUGUACGACGCGUUCCUGCUGUGGGUGCCCCGCGUGGCGCGGCAGCACGGCGCGUCGUGCGCGGCCUUCUUCACGCAGGCCUGCUCGGUGAACGUGGUGUACGACCACGCGUGGAGAGGCGACGUGAAGCUGCCGGUGGACAAGGUCCUGGCGGAGCUGCCUGGCCUGCCCAAGGGACUGCAGCUGGAACCGCGCGAUUGCUCCUCGUUCCUCACGCAGCAGGACGACAGCUCCUCCACCUCCACCUAUCUUGACCUCUUGUUGCAGCAGUGCCAGGGGCUCGAGGUUGCAGAUCAUGUCCUCAUCAACUCCUUUUACGAACUGCAGACUGAGGAAGCGGAGUACAUGGCUUCAAGGUGGGCUGCCAAGACGAUUGGUCCAACCUUGCCGUCAGCCUACCUUGACAACCGCAUGCCGGACGAUUCAUCCUACAGUUUCAGCCUGCACGCUCCGAUGGCGACGGAGUGCAAGGCCUGGCUCGCCAAAAGGCCAGCGCGCUCCGUUGUCUAUGUCUCCUUUGGCAGCAUCGCGGCGCCGGGUCCAGACCAGUUGGCCGAGAUGGCUCAAGGCCUGUACAAUAGUGGCAAGGCCUUUCUGUGGGUCGUCAGGGGCCCCGAAACGUCCAAGCUUCCGAAAAGUUUCGUCAGUAAGGUGAAGGAGAAUGAGGAGAGGGGGCUCAUUGUGGCAUGGUGCCCACAGCUGGAGGUGCUAGCGCACCCCGCGGUUGGCUGCUUCGUGACGCACUGUGGUUGGAACUCAACAAUGGAAGGAUUAGGCAUUGGAGUGCCAAUGGUGGCCAUGCCACAGUGGUCCGACCAGCCAAUGAAUGCCAAAUACAUUGAGGAUGUAUGGAGAGUUGGCGUUAGAGCACGACCUGAUAUGGAGGGAGUUAUCAGGAAGGAUGAGGUGGAGAGGUGUGUGAGACAAGUGAUGGAUGGAGAAAAGAGCAAGGAAUACAUGGAAAAUGCGAUGAACUGGAGGGAAAAAGCUAAAAGGGCCAUGAGUGAAGGUGGCAGUUCGGACAGGAACAUUAUAGAGUUCCUUGGAAAAUUUGGGUGGAAUUGAUAUAUAUGGUGGUCUCUUAUCAUCCCGAGGAAAUAAACCGCACAUUGGCUGUGUGUUAACUUAUAUCUACCGUACCAUGCUUAAGGCGUUAGUCCAUUCCCUCGUUAUUCUAUUUCUUUUUGGUCUUUCCUGUCCAUGCAGGUUAGUAAUUCAGUAGUAAUAUAUACAAGCGUAUAAUUUGGAAUAAAGGAUCCUUGAUGUAUGUUAUAUUCUCUUUUAAGAUUAAGGAACGACUGAUAUGUACCCUCCA